UAAAUAAUUUAUGUCCAAACGAUUAACAUCGAUUAUAGAUAAUAAGGUUAUGUUUACUUUAAAUUUGAAGCCCAGCAUAAUAAAUGAGAAAUAAUUAUUUUUAAAAUGAAUUUUCUUUUAAAACGAAACAGUUUUACGAAUAAUUUUCGAAAUUGUUUAUUUCAAAGGAUUAUUUUUUUCAAUAGCAGUAGUGCGAACAAAACUAUGUUUGUUUAUAAUUAUCACAAUGUAACCUCAAAUUCAUAUAUUUUGAAAUUGCCUGGUAACAACUGCAAACGAUUUUGUAGCGGCGAUAGUAGUGGCCCCCCGACAAAGAAAAUGGCUACUUUAAUGAAUUUCCCAGAAAUAGUGUGGCCUUCGUUUUUCAAGUCUAUACGCAAUUUUAUUUUUGCAACACUAAUUAUUAAACCUUAUUUUGAUAGAGAAUUCACCCUUUCUGAAUUUGUUAGGGGGUCGAAACAGGCAGUAGAGAUAGUAUCAUCAAAGCUUGCAGAAGGAGAUUAUACGUCUUUAAAAGGAUUGGUAACAAAUGAUGUAUUGACAAAUCUUCAAAAAUCUAUCUCCACGAUGUCAUUAGCUCAAAGAGAAGAACUGUCUAUUAAGUCGGACGAUAUAUAUUUUUCUUUUCCUUAUCAGAUAGGAAUAAUAUUUUCCGAUGAUUCCAAUAACCGAAGAUUUGUAGAAAUUACGAUGGUUUAUCAUGCUUUGCGGGGCCUUUCAGUAAUGAAAGCGAGAGGAGAAGAACCUCCUCUAAAUAUGGGAAUGUUGCCAGAGUAUCGAACUAGAAUAUUAAUUUGUAAUUACCGCUUUGUUAGGGAGUUUACAAAAGGCGUUGAAGAAGAAUGGACGAUUAAUUUAUUGAAUCAUUUUAAACCAACAGAUUUAAUUGAUGAAUAAGUUAAUAAAUCUAUUAAUUAGAGAGAACGAAAUAAUUAAAGUUUUCUAUUACUGAAA